UGCCAUUGCCAGGCGAGAGGCCACCUGCAUUUUGCCAAAGGGUUGGUGGUGCGUUUCAUUUCAGGUUCCAGAAAAAUCUAUAGCGCUCGUGUUCGUGGUAGAUUUGCUUUUGCACGGUUUAUCCCUACUUCUGCUGCUGCUGAAGGAAUUCAAGAAAUGCUCCAUGGUCUCAACUUUGUGGGUGGCUGGAAUCUCUGAGAGGGUUUAAGAAAAGAAAGGAGAGAUUGUCUAGACAAGUAGAGAAGAACAUGGCUGACCUGGAAGCAGGCACGGUAGCUGCCACUGACCUGGGCAAUUCAACAUCAACAAGGUCACAGGAUGAUGCUUCUUCACUAAUCCCAAACAGUGGCAAUUUGGGGUCAAGCAACAGGAGCACCAAGACAGCCAGGUUCAAGGACGACGACGAGCUUGUGGAGAUCACCCUCGACGUGCAGCGUGAUUCAGUGGCAAUCCAAGAAGUCAGGGGAGUAGAUGAGGGUGGCUCUGGGCAUGGUGCCGGGUUUGACGGCCUGCCAUUGGUGUCACCCUCAUCAAGGAGUGGCAAGCUGACGUCAAAGCUCAGGCAGGUGACCAAUGGGCUGAAGAUGAAGAGCUCGAGCAAGAAGGCGCCGCCGCAGGCCCAGCUGUCUGAAAGGAGAGCGAGGAAGAGGUUGGACAGGACCAAGAGCAGUGCUGCCGUGGCGCUCAAAGGCCUGCAGUUUGUGAACGCAAAGGUUGGCAAUGACGGCUGGGCUGCAGUGGAGAAGCGUUUCAAUCAGCUGCAGGUUGAUGGUGUGCUUCUCCGUUCAAGAUUUGGGAAAUGCAUUGGAAUGGAUGGGUCCGACGAGUUUGCAAUGCAAAUGUUUGAUGCUUUGGCGAGGAAGAGAGGGAUAGUAAAACAGGUGCUGACUAAGGAUGAGCUGAAAGAUUUCUUUGAGCAACUGACUGAUCAGGGGUUUGACAAUCGUCUUCGGACAUUCUUUGACAUGGUUGACAAGAACGCUGAUGGAAGACUCACAGCAGAGGAGGUUAAGGAGAUUAUUGCCCUUAGUGCAUCAGCAAACAAACUUUCCAAGAUCAAGGAGCGAGCUGAUGAGUACACAGCACUCAUUAUGGAAGAGCUGGACCCUAGAAACUUGGGAUACAUUGAGAUGGAGGACUUGGAGGAACUAUUGCUGCAGUCACCAUCUGAAGCUGUUGCAAGAUCGACAAACACGCACAGCUCCAAACUUAGCAAAGCUCUUAGCAUGAAGCUUGCAUCUAACAAAGAAAUGAGCCCAAUGCGUCAUUACUGGCAGCAGUUCAUGUACUUCCUUGAGGAGAACUGGAAGCGCAGUUGGGUUAUGACUCUAUGGCUCUCAAUCUGCAUUGGCCUUUUCAUUUGGAAGUUCAUGCAAUACCGUAACCGAGCUGUAUUUAAAAUCAUGGGUUAUUGUGUGACCACUGCAAAGGGUGCUGCAGAGACCCUCAAAUUCAACAUGGCUUUGGUCCUACUUCCUGUCUGCAGAAAUACAAUCACUUGGAUUCGGUCAAAGACACAGAUUGGAGCCGUUGUACCCUUCAAUGACAAUAUAAACUUUCAUAAGGUCAUAGCCGCAGGUGUUGCAGUUGGUGUUGCUUUGCAUGCAGGUGCUCAUCUGACAUGUGAUUUUCCCCGGCUGCUCCAUGCAAGUGAUGCACAAUAUGAACCAAUGAAGCCCUUCUUUGGGGAAAAAAGGCCGCCAAACUAUUGGUGGUUUGUAAAGGGAACUGAAGGUUGGACAGGUGUGGUCAUGGUGGUGCUCAUGGCUAUAGCAUUUGUACUAGCCCAGCCAUGGUUCCGACGUAACAAGCUCAAGGACUCAAAUCCCCUGAAGAAAAUGACUGGCUUCAAUGCCUUUUGGUUUACCCACCACCUAUUUGUCAUUGUGUACACUUUGCUCUUUGUCCAUGGAAUCUGCUUGUAUCUAAGCAGGGACUGGUACAAGAAAACGACAUGGAUGUACCUCUCUGUUCCUGUCCUCCUGUAUGUAAGCGAGCGUAUUCUUCGGUUGUUUAGGAGCCAUGAUGCAGUUGGGAUACAGAAGGUUGCAGUGUAUCCAGGGAAUGUGCUGGCUCUUUAUAUGUCGAAGCCACCUGGUUUCAGAUACCGUAGUGGGCAGUACAUUUUCAUAAAAUGCAGCGCCGUGUCUCCAUAUGAAUGGCAUCCAUUUUCCAUAACAUCAGCACCUGGAGAUGAUUAUCUUAGCGUCCACAUUCGCACAAGGGGUGAUUGGACUUCACGGCUUAGGACUGUCUUCUCUGAGGCAUGCCGACCUUCCACUGAGGGAGAAAGUGGACUCCUUAGAGCUGACCUUUCCAAGGCAAUCACGAACGACAAAGCAAGAUUCCCGAAACUUUUGGUCGAUGGUCCGUAUGGUGCACCGGCACAAGAUUACCGCGAAUAUGAUGUGUUACUUCUCAUCGGGCUGGGCAUCGGAGCCACCCCUUUGAUUAGCAUUGUGAAGGAUGUGCUUAACCACAUUCAGGGUGGAGGGUCAGUUGGAGCCACAGAACCUGAGGUCAGUAGCAAGGCAAAGAAGAGACCUUUCAUGACGAAGAGAGCCUACUUCUACUGGGUGACAAGAGAGGAGGGCUCAUUUGAAUGGUUCAGAGGCGUCAUGAACGAGGUGGCUGAGAAGGACAAAGGUGGAGUCAUUGAGCUCCAUAACCAUUGCUCAAGCGUGUACCAGGAAGGCGAUGCUCGCUCUGCUCUCAUUCACAUGCUCCAAGAACUCCAGCAUGCGAAGAAGGGUGUCGAUAUCUUGUCAGGAACCAGCGUGAAGACGCACUUCGCACGGCCUAACUGGCGAAGUGUCUUCAAGAAAGUUGCGGUUAGCCAUGAGAACCAGCGCGUCGGUGUGUUCUACUGUGGUGAGCCUGUGCUGGUUCCACAGCUAAGGCAGUUGUCAGCAGAUUUCACCCACAAGACAAACACUAAGUUUGAAUUCCACAAGGAGAACUUCUAAUUAAUGGUAUAAGCUGAUAAUUACCAGUGUAUGGGUUUUGUAUGUAGUUCUUAUGAUGUGAAUUAUAUGGUUUCUAAUAUAUAGAAAAGUUGGAUAAAAUAAAUGAAAAAUGAUGGGUGCUAUUUUGUUUU